GGUAGUAAUUACCAUUCUUGGCGGGAGGAUAUAGACAUGAUAACCACAGUGGGUGAGAUAGAUUACGCACUGAGGUUUGAUAAACCAGUUGAGCCCACAGUGGGCACUCCCAACUAUGACCACAGGUGGAUGCAAUACAGCAUCGACAAGGUCAAGUGGGAGAGAUCAAAUGACAAAUGUAUGAUUAUUCUUAAGAGGAGCAUCAAGGAGCCUCUUAAGAGUUCCAUACCAGAGUGCGAGACUGCCAUAGAAUACCUUGAGAGGGUAGCCUCUCAUCACCAAGGGUCUUCUAAGACUUAUGCUUGCUCUUUAAUGACAGAAUUUGUCAAUGCAAAAUACGAUGGAAAUGGUGUCAGACCAUUCAUUCAGAAAAUGAUAUCCAUCGUAGCUAAGAUAAACAAGUACCUCGGAUCUCCUUUACACGAGGAAUUUGUAGUAUUUAUGAUAAUGAAGUCUCUGCCCAAGGAGUUUGAGACUUUUCACAUACAGUACAACACUAGUGUCACUGAUAAGUGGAAUAUAGACCAACUCUUGGCACAGUGUGUCCAGGAGGAAGAGAGGUUAAAGCAGACUGGAAACUCUGUCAACCUCAUCAAAGGCAAUGUCCCCAGACAGAACAAGAACUCAAAGAAAAAGUUCAAGAAGCAAGGUAAACAGAAUAACCAGGCUUCCUCGAGCAAUAAUAAUCAGCCAAGACAAGGAGGCAGUUUCUCAGUUCCCCCUGAUACCUGCCUCUAUUGCAAGAAGACAGGUCAUUACAAGAGAAAGUGCCCUGAAUUCCUGCAGUAUCUACUAGAGAGUGGGACUCCGUACAAGCCAAAGGCUCCCAAAGGGCCAAAGAACAAUUAGAGUGGCAAAUGGAGUUGAAGCAGCAGUCGAGGCCAUUGGAGAUAUACAUCUUAAAUUAGUUAAUGGUUUUGUACUGUUGUUGAGAGACGUACUUUAUGUACCUUCCUUGCGAAGGAACCUUAUUUCGGUUUCUAGAUUAGAUGAUCAGCACAUUCAUUGCCAUUUUGGUGAUAGACAGUGUGUCAUUCAGUUUGAUAAUAAAGAUGUUGGUCUCGCCAUCCGACGAGAUAUGCUUUAUUUA